UCAAAAUCAGCAGGUUAAUUCCUUGAAAAUAGUCAGAGGUACGACGAUGUCGGUGGUGAAGAUUGGGCCUUUUGGCGGGACAGGAGGCAGGAUGAUGGACAUCAAUCCCAACCAUGUCCCGGCUCAGCUGAACAGCAUCAUGAUCUGGCACAACGAACCCAGCGGGAUCAUCACCGCCAUUAGCUUCAGGUACACCACCGACCAAGGCAACACCUUCACCGUGCCCGAUAAGCCGCCCAACGUGUGGGGCGACCAGCGAUCGAGUCAACCUCACACGAUCGAGAUCGAUAACGAUGAAGAUGAGUACGUGACGAAGAUAGAGGGCAGCCACAACGGGACUCACCUGAGCUCCCUGAGGAUCACGACGAACAAGAAGACGUCGCGAUGGUUCGGGAACCAGAGCAAGGGGCACCAGCAUCAGUUCAGCGUGCCGCUGCACACCGGCGGCAUCCUCGGCUUCUUCGUCCGCGCCUCCACCUGGAUCAACGCCAUCGGCGUCUACGUCGGCCCCAUCGACCAGUAGCCAGCCAUGGCCGACCUCUACCCUGCACCACUGCUAUUCCUCCCCUUCCACGUUAUAAUACUUUCUGAUAUUUCUGUAACUAAAUAAAAUGGGAAUAAGCUUUCUUUCGUUCGUGCCGUGAUGGAUGUAUCCAUGGAUGGAUGGAUAUUUGUGCUCGAUCGAUCCUGUUCCUCGAUGUGGUUUGUGUGCAAUUAUGUGUUGGACAAUGUUAAUUUGCUAUGUGUGUUUGUUUUAUCGGCGAUAUAUCGCCUUUGCUUGGUUUGUACGUACGUACUCUCCUAUUAAUAAAUAAUGGAUGAAUGAAUCAUAAAAAUGAACUACUUUAU